AUGUCCCCAUCUCAGAACAUGCCACGCAUACGGUUUCACCUUACGACAGUCUAUCUCUUUAUUCGCUCAGAUAUUAAGACGAUUCUGUGUCCCGUGACAUUAUUUGCCGUCGCCUCAAAUCCUUCAACUCAACCCAUGAGGCUCGUCUCAUGCUUUUUCUGGGUUUUCAUGCACCUCCUACUUAUUGACAUCGACAAUCAGUCAAUGGCCGUAGAGGAAGACCGCAUCAAUAAGCCUUGGAGGCCUUUGCCCUCCAGGAGAAUCAGCCUGGCAAGAGCCAGCCUCAUUGCGAGCUUGCUAUAUCCAGCUUGCGCCCUUUUCUCGUGGGCGCUAGGCGGAGAAGUACUCGGGCUCACCAGCGUCGUCUUUGGGGUCCUCGCCUACCUAUACGACCACCUAGAACUCAACUCUCUUUGGUACAUGAAGAUCGUCAUUAAUUCGUUGGGUUAUGCAACUCUGGAGACCGGAGCAAGCUUGGUCAUCGGUAUGGGGCACUCCAUUCAUGUCUAG